AUGUCGACCAGCUUCUCCGGCGUUGGUUGUGCAGAAAGUGCUGUCAUGAGUCUGGCAAAAGCUUCAGAGCGCUUUUUGAAGAAGAAGGGAAUCUCUAGUGUUGGCCACGUCAAGCUCGAAUCUGCAUGUGAGAUCGACACGAAGUGUCAAAAGGUUCUGAAGUCGACCUAUGGGCAUUGCGUUUUUCAGGACAUCACCAAAUUGGACAUCGAGAAGAAGGAAGAGAACCUGGCAUCCUACAAUGCCACCACGGACUAUGAAUUCCCCGACUUGAACCAGUAUGUCCACGGGCGAUUUAUCCAUGGAGUGGAGAUGUUGUCGAGCCACGUCUUGCCCUGCACAGAUGAACAUGCCAAGAGAUCGGGCGCCCCAAAGCUUGAUAUCACAGGGGUUCCGAGUACUGCCCUGGCAAAGAUGGCAGGGAGCCUAAGCCUAAGGUCGUUUGAUGUCGAGAAGGAUGAACACCCUGUCAAGUGGCUGGUUGACAAGCUGGCUAUCAACUUGAUGCCAGCCAUUCACACGUGGUUGCAAAGUGUUGCUGGUGGAUUUCAAGAGCCAUCAACUGUAGCCAUCCCAGCGUAUGGCAAUUGGGCAUUGCAGGUUCCUUUGCUGGGCCUUUGGUAUCGCAAGCCAGUGGAUGGUUUUCCACCACUGCAGGGGUGGAAGAACACAGCCCUAGAUUUGAUCCGUGGUGGCUAUGAAUCAUGGAGGGAGCCAAUGGAAUGCAAGCUGAAGUCCGGACAUACUCAUGGAGCGCCGAUAGACUUUGGAGCCUUGCAGGUCGUGAAGGGUCUGGGCAGGCUCUCCGUUUUGUACUUUGCUGUUUUGUGGACCUUCUUCAACAAGAAUGACCUCACCCCAGAACAGCUGGCUGAUUUUGAGAGGCGCACAUCAAUGAGGGGGGGAGCGUGUCAUGAUGUCUUCCCUUUUAACAACUAA